AUGAACUUUUUCAAGGACAGUUUCUCCCGUUUCUACGGCGGUGUCACCCAAGACAAUGGCAACCAACAGCAUCAGCAGACAGCAGACAUGGACACUAUGCCUGAUCUCCUCCAUUCCGACGACAUCUCCCCCUCCGACCAAGGAAUGUCCCUUGACAACUCUGAAGAAGAAAAAACAACGCCAUUAGAAGAUCACAAUGCCCGCAUCCCAUCCUACGGGAACCAACUCAAACAGGAUCAACUCCAACGUCAACGGGCCUACCAAGCCCGACUUGAACAGGAACAACUCGAGCACCUCCAACAUCUUGAAGGGCUUCAACACCAACAACGUGCCGUCGCCGUAGCCCAUAACCAUCACCAACACCAGCAACACCAGCAGCAGCUUUCACCGGCGGAGUAUAUCCACAGCCCACAGUCACCCCUCUCGCUUGGAUUGGGGACGGAACAGAAGCAGCAGGAGCAGUUGCAUUGGUACCAUCAGCUCUAUCAGCAGCAGCUUAUGCAGGAGCAACUUCGGCAGCAACAGCAGCAACAGUAUUUGCAAGCAGGAGGAGGAAGAGGAGAGAGGCAGUAUGAUGGGUCGGGGACGGAUAUGCCCAGCUUGUCGUUCUCGGACAAUAGCUCGACGGCUUCGUCCAAUAUCCAAAGCGGUCCUCAUGGCCAGAGAUCUUUAUCGCAUCUACCCGCUGGACCAGGAGCUCUCAUAGGAGGAGGAGGAGCGGGAGGAAUCUUUGAUAUGGCAGCUGCUGCAGGGCUUGGUGGCGGUGUCGAUGGACCCGCUGGAGGGGUGGCUGUACCUGGAUUCGGCGAAGCGGGAUUUCCAGGAGGAGCAGUGCCACAAUUCCUAGACCACGAACUAUUCUUGACCUCUGUCCUGAACGCUAUCGCGCCCUGGAUGGAUGGAGAUGAUGAGGGAGGAAACCGACAGGACCAGUUUGAUUACCAGUCAGAGUUCACACAACGACAGAUGUUGGCUGUAGGAGGAAAUGGAGAGAUCAGGAAGGCGUAUUGGGGGUCGAGGAACGUGUUUGUAGUGCUGAAGUCGCUUUUAGAUACCAAGCGCACUCGUACUCCUGCCGAGAACGCUUCCAUGUUCGACAAAGAAGUGGAGGUGAUGAGGCUGUGCGGGAACCACGACAACAUUGUCCAGUUCUACGGAAUCGCCAACAAACACCAUCCUGACUACCGGAUCGAACGGUUCAUGAUUAUGCAGUUUUAUAACCACGGCGACCUCCACAAACUCAUCCACCUCUCCCGCGAGGUCCCAGAGUCCCCCUCGCCCCAUGAACGGAUGGUGCUCGCACUUGAUAUUGCCGUCGGACUCGAUCAUCUUGCCUUGUGCGGGUUCCAUCAUGGGGACCUUCAUCCCAAGAACGUCCUUAUCGACACUCGACCUUUUAAUACAGGAGGACAAGCACAACCAAGAUACCAGGCACGCCUAACCGAUUUCGGACUACGUAGGAUCCGUGGCAGCUUGGCAGCCCAAUCAAGUCAACCCCUAGGAGGCGUCUUAAAAUUCAUGGCCCCCGAACGACUGGCAAACAAAGGUGUCAAUCGACCCCGGUACGAUAUCCGGUGUGACAUUUUCGCUCUGGGCGUCAUCUAUUGGUUCAUCCUUGCCGGCAAGUACCCCUUCAAAGAUCUCUCAACUUAUACCCCGAGAGCGAAGGAGGGGAGGGUCGAGGGGACGCCGGAUUGGUAUUUUGCGGUUUAUGAUAAGGCGUGGAAGGAGGAUCCGAAUGAGCGGCAGCAAUCGUUUGAUGAGAUUAUUCAGGUCUUCCGUCAUUAUUUGCAUAUUCCUGCUGUUUCUCCUCCUGCAGAAUCUGGAGGAUUGGCGCCGCCAACGUCUUCGUUGUCGUCAGUGUCGGAUGUUCCAGGUGGAGCGGCGGUCCCAUAUGGCUACCCGUCACCUCCAUACGCUCUGGGAUCACCGCUGAUGGGGUCAUUGGACGGUCGAUACGGAAACAACAACAGCCCUUCCCGAGGAGGAUCCAGUCUGAACCCGUUCACACAAGGUGGAGGAGGAGGAGGAGGAGGAGGAGUCGCUGGCAAUCUGCCAUCACCUGCACUGUCAGUGGCGAGCGCAGCAGCCAGCGGGGCGUCUUCGAGUCCUUCCAACAAGCCUGCACGUCAUCGAAAUCAUCCUGUCAACAAAAAAAUACCGAUUCCCGACGGCAGGCAAGGUCGUCCUCGCGUCACGUAG